ACAGCAAAUUUUGUCCAAGGCAGUAAAGUCACAAAAUGCCUUAAAUGUCAAAAUCGUAGUACAGUUCUCAAAGAAAAUUAAUAAAGAUAAGUCUCACAGGGCUCCAAAAAUACUUCAGAGAAGACAUUGAGGCGAGAAUCUGAAAGCCAUAACAAUGGCAAAACAAGAAGCAACAAAUGGGAAAGUUCGUAAUGCAUCUCUUCAUCUGGAGAAGCUGUUGAUCGGGGGAAAAUAUCGGCUGGUAAAGCCCAUUGGGUCCGGGUCCUUCGGCGAUAUAUAUCUCGGACUAAGCAUCACGGAUGGAUCCGAGGUGGCCAUUAAGGUGGAGAAGAACGAUGCCAAGUACCCGCAGCUGAUAUACGAGGCGAAAGUGUACGAACAGCUGGCCCGCUGUCCGGGCUUCCCGACUCUACUUCAUUAUGGAUGCGAGAAGAACUAUAAUGCCAUGGUUAUGGACCUAUUAGGUCCUUCCCUAGAAGAACUUUUUAACCUCUGCAAACGCCGAUUCUCGCUGAAGACCGUACUCAUGUUGACAGACCAGCUGCUAAUGCGAAUUGAGUGUGUCCACGAACGUGGGUUCAUUCAUCGUGACAUUAAACCAGAUAACUUCCUAAUGGGUCUGGAUCGCCACUGCAACAAGCUGUACCUCAUCGAUUUUGGCCUGUCCAAGAGAUACAAGGACAUAGAGUCAGAGAUUCAUAUACCAUACCGCACGGAUCGGAAUCUAACUGGUACUGUUCGCUAUGCCUCUAUAAAUGCACAGAUAGGCGUUGAGCAAUCCCGUCGGGAUGACAUGGAGUCCAUGUCCUAUUGUUUGAUGUACUUCAAUCUGGGAAAGUUACCCUGGCAGGGUAUUACGGCCGCCAACAAGAAGCAAAAGUACGAGAAGAUAUUGGAGAAAAAGACAAGCGUCACGAUCGCUCAGCUCUGCAAAGGAUUUCCCUCCGAAUUUUGCCUGCUUAUGACCUAUGUCAGGAAUCUUGGUUUCAAGGAGCCGCCGGAUCACACUUAUCUUCGCCAGAUAUUCCGCAUACUUUUCCGCUCACUGAAUCAUCAUUACGACUAUAUAUAUGACUGGACUGCCUUGCAGCAGCAAAAGGAUCAAAUCUGCCGCAGCAGGGAACAGAUUCUGGAAUCGGAACGAGAAGAGGUCCGCAAACGGGAUGGGGAACGGGGUUGUGAGCCUCAGCGGGACAAGGAGCGGCACAAGGAUUUGGAGCUGGAUCGACUGCACAAAACUUCCACCCAACAGGCAAAGUGCUCUAAUGGACAUCUAACAAACCGAUAUGAUCGCAUUGGCGAUGGAGGCAUUAGCAAGCGAAAGUAACAUAUAACAAAAUUAUUUCCAUUUUAAAGUUUACUACUUCAUGUUGGAGUGGUUUUAUUUCGCAAAUAAAUCUUUUAAAAACCCC